AUGGCAAAAGAGAGCUCAAGACUCGUAAAUCCAAAAGAGGUAGCAAGCCAUCCAAAAUACGAAGUUAUGAUUCAAGAAGCUAUCGUCACUUUGAAUGAACGUAAAGGAAGCAGCCGUCAAGCUAUUAAAAAUUACAUUUUGACUACAUAUAAACUUCCCGACAACAACCUUACAAACAAACGUCUGCGAUUAGCUGUCAAAAAAGGUGUCAACAAUGGACUUUUAUUUUUUCCCAAUGGCCCAAGUGGCACUAUCAAACUUAUAAAAAAAGAACAGAUUAAGAAAGAAAAGGAAGAACCCGAGAAAAAAGAAAAACCUAGCUUUUUUCAAAAUGGCCCAAGUGAUACUAUAAAAUAUGUAAUGAUUAAGAAAGAAAA